AAGUGGGUAUCGUAUAAUUUGUAUCGUGUUUGAAACAUUGAAGUAAAGCGAAGCAAUGUCUGGUGAAACGAAGAAGGACGAGGAAUACGGGGUAUUACUCUAUUACAACUACAGUACCAUUCCUGAUCUCAAUUCUCUAUCCAACUUCUACCAAUCCAACUGCAGCUCUCUCAAUCUCCUCGGUCGUGUUCGCCUCGCUCCCCACGGUGUCAACGUCACUGUGGGUGGAAAGUUAUCUUCUUUGGAGAGCCAUAUUGCUGCUGUUAAGGCUUUAACUUUGUUUCAAGGAACAGACUUCAAGCUUGCUACUUCUCAUUACCCUUUAGACGAUAAGGUUGCUCAUGAAUGUGGCUUCACUUCUCUUUCUAUUAGAAUUGUCAAGGAAUUGGUUACUUUUAGUUCACAUCCUUUGUUAAACCCACCGGAUGUUUCUAAUGCUGGCAGGCAUUUGUCUGCGGUUGAGUUUCAUUCUCUUCUUCAGUCUGCGGUGUUUUGUUUACCAGUGCAAGGGUUGAAUGAAGAAAGUCCAACUGAGAGUGAGAAACUUGUUUUGUUGGAUGCAAGGAAUUUAUAUGAGACUAGAAUUGGGAAGUUCCAUACACAAAGUGUCGAAACAUUGGACCCUGAAAUCAGGCAGUAUAGUGAUCUGCCCUCCUGGAUAGAUAACAAUGCCGAAAAAUUGAGAGGGAAAAAUGUUCUCAUGUACUGCACUGGAGGAAUCAGGUGUGAGAUGGCGUCGGCCUAUCUGAGGUCAAAAGGUGUGGGCUUUGAGAAUGUUUUUCAGUUAUAUGGUGGAAUACAGCGUUAUUUGGAACAAUUUCCAGAUGGAGGUUUUUUCAAAGGAAAAAAUUUUGUUUUUGACCACAGAAUUUCUGUUGGGAGCUCGGAUGCAGAUAUUAUGGGUAACUGCCUUCUUUGUGGUUCUUCCUUUGAUGAUUAUUCAUCACGCUGCCGCUGCACAUACUGUAGGAUGCUUGUUUUGGUCUGUGAUAAUUGCCGGAAACAAGGAGACCUGUAUGUUUGUGAGCUAUGCCAGAAACAUGGUAAGACUGUUGGUUCAAUACCAUUGAUAGAAGAGAGCAAAAGCAGAGUAACAUCACUGCCAAUCGAGCUCAAAAGUGUUUCCACAGGUCCCCUAUCCUCACCUCAAUUGCCUUGCAGACAUGCAGUUGGCACUGUGUGUCCAAGAAAACUAAGAAUCUUAUGCUUGCACGGGUUUCGGCAGAAUGCCUCUGGUUUUAAAGGAAGAACUGCAUCAUUAGCUAAGAAGCUUAAAAGCAUUGCCGAACUUGUUUUUGUCGAUGCACCCCAUGAGUUGUCAUUCAUUUACCAGCCUUGUGUGACAUCUCCAUCACAAGAUUGUCCUCCUCCAGCACCAGAAAGUUGCAAGAAGAAGUUUGCAUGGUUGGUAGCACCUGAUUUCCUGGAGGGGCUUGAAAUUGACUGGAAAAUGGCAGAUGGUCCUUUCGAUCCUCUCCAAUACCAGCAGCAAACUGAUGGCUUUAAUGUAUCAUUAUCAUAUUUGAAGAAAGUGUUCUCUCAGGAAGGUCCAUUCGAUGGGAUCUUAGGCUUUUCACAAGGAGCAGCAAUGGCUGCUUCAGUUUGUGCACAACGGGAAAGGCUAAAAGGUGAAAUAGAUUUCAGGUUUGUGAUUUUGUGCUCUGGGUUUGCUCUUCAGUCUGCAAAGUUUGAACAUGGAUCAAUCAAUUGCCCUUCGCUUCAUAUAUUCGGUAGUGACCUGGGUAAGGACAGACAAAUUGCGAACCUAGCCAGCAGAGACCUUGCUUCGACAUUUGAAGAUGGUUGCUCUGUGAUUAUUGAACAUGAUUGUGGUCAUAUCAUACCUACUCGUUCUCCUUAUAUCGAUGAGAUUAAGGAUUUUCUUCAACGUUUUCUCUGAUGAAAUUGAAAAAUUGGGAGACUCAUUUUUGAUACUGCAAGAUUUUCUGGUCCAUGCUUGCACCUCUUGUAGGAUUUAGCAUUUUACUUGUAGGAUUAAUACAAAGUUCCAUGUUUGGAGUAAUCCUGCUUUUGUAUUAGUAUUUAACAUAAUGAUGGAUUUGUAUUUGGAGUAACCCCAUGUUUUCUGUUCUGGAUUGUGUUCUUUUUGGUCCAAGUAUUGAUAAGCUUAUUGGAAUCUUGUCAAGAAUUAUGAUACAAGUCUGUCUCAUUGUGUGUGGAUGGAAUCAUGGAAUAAUGAG